AAAUAUUAUUUUUGUAUUUUACAAUAUCUUUAAAUAUGAUGAAUAUACUCAGAGCGAUUCUCCUUGUCGGAAGCAUAUUGUUUGAAAUACGGGCAAAAGAAGUCACACAAGACUUCAUUGAUAAAUACAACAAAUACUUCACAGUCUGUAAAGGGAUGGGAUUUCAAACUAGGAACUGUUCAGUUAAAAAGGAAGAAAACAUCGCUUUUCAUGCACGUUUAUCGAAGACACAAGUAAAUCUUGGUUCAACCGCUGUUGUUGUAUUUGGAAAAAUAACGCAAAACUCUGGAAAUGCCUAUAACGCUAACACCGGUAAAUUCACAGCACCUGAUGAUGGGCUGUACUAUUUCCAAUGGACGAUUCUGACAACAGAGGGAAAAUAUUUUCACACUGAAAUUGUUCUCAACGGAAAAAUAAUUGGUUAUAAUCAUGCGGACGGCGUGACUGGUAGUUCUAAUAGGCUAUCCGGAUCUUCAUCAGCCGUUAUAAAAAUGAAGAGGAAAGAAGAUGUCUGGAUUAGAGUACAUGGUGCAGCUGGAAAAUAUGCUUAUGCAGACUGGUCAUCAUUCACCAGCUUUAAAUUGUAACGGAAUUAUUGUCUACAAUAAAUA